AUGGUCCGCAUCUCCUCUAUCGUCAUGUUCUUCCUUGCGAGCGCUUUAUCAGUGCAAGCAUGCACCUAUUGUCAGUGCGAAUUCUCAAAUGGUGAUCACUGCUGUGUCUAUUCGGAUGCUGAAAUCGGCAACCUCGAUUGCCCCACCUAUUGCGCUAAUGCUCAUCGCGCAGAUGGUACAAGUAAUGCAGAUGGUCCCGGGACUGCAUGCGCAGCUGGAGGAAAAUACAAGUGCGCGAGUGCAUUCACAGCUUUAGACCGUACCCCAUGUUACAAGCAGUAAGAAGUCCGGAGAGGACGGAGAGUUCUGAAAGAUGAUUGUAGGAAGGGUUCCAUGGGAAUCGCACUAUUGUGUCUCAAACCUCAUUUUGUAGGUAUUGCGGAGUCAGAUGGUCGAGGAUAUAGGGUAGAGAGUAGAGGACAAUCAGAUG